CUGAUGACCCACGAAUAAGAGGCGGCUCUCACCUCCUAUUCCCCGCGGGACGGGGUCCCCCCAGAGAGCCGCAACUGGCGCCCAACGUGGUUUACAGAGGUUACCGACUCCCGAUCGGACGGCAGAGAGACGACGAGUCCGGAGCCCGCCCGUCAGACACCAGGUCCCGCUGACACACCCGCUACCUCGCCGACUGACCUACAAGAUGUUCCUGCUUCUACCGAGGCUUCUCCCUCUCCUUUUGAUUUCUGAUCUUUAUCCCCCUUUUACUUUGGCUAGCCCCUAUCGUCUUUACAACUACACUUGGCUCAUAAUCAACGAGGCCGGUGACAUUGCCAACGCUACUUCCCAGAUUGCUGCCACCACCCCUUGGCCUUCCCUCCAGACCCCGCGUAUAAGGAGUGCUGGAUUUGCUACUCCUCACAGCCCCCCUUUUACGAAGGUGUUGCAGUUACUGGUGAACUGAUUCCUCUCCAAGACGAACCUGCCAUUGCCUGGGACAUCGACCCUAGCCAAGGCAUAACUCUGAGACAGGUUGUGGGAAUUGGACUUUGUAUUUUGGGACCUCAUAUGCGCCUUCCCCCCCAAUUGAUUGAUAUUUGUAACAGCACCUACUUGGUUAAUGGUAAUGACUCCUAUGUUCUUUCCCCUAAUGGCACCUAUUUUGCCUGCUCCACUGGAUUAACCCCUUUGUUGGUCCCGCAGCUGUUUUUAGCUCAUAGGGACUAUUGUGUUUUAGUUUUGCUUUUGCCUCGCCUUACUGUUAGGCCCAAGGACGACCUCCUCUUUUCAUCCACUGAUUCCUCCCUCCUAAGGCAUACACGUGAACCCGUUUCCGCCAUUACCAUUGCAGUUCUGCUUGGCCUUGGCGCCGCGGGCGCCGGAACUGGUAUUUACUCCCUUGUUCCCUCCACCGAAAACUUUAACCAACUACAACGUGCUGUCGAUGCAGAUAUUAGACAGCUUAAGCAGGGCCUAAAACACCUUAAGGAAACUGUUGCUUCCCUUGCCGAGGUUGUUUUGCAGAACCGCCGAGGUCUAGACCUCGCCUUUUUGCGGGAGGGGGGAGUUUGUGCAGCCUUGAAAGAAGAAUGUUGCUUUUUUAAAGAUAAACUGGGCCUAGUGGAUGAUAGCAUUAGAAGGGUUGAGGAAAGCCUCAAACAAAGGCAGAGGCAACGGGAAAAGGACUAAUCUUGGUAUCAAAAUUGGUUUUCUACCUCCCCCUGGCUGUCCACCCUGUUAGCCUUUUAGGACCCUUUAUUGGCUUUAUGCUGUUGAUUUCCUUUGGCCCAUGGGCAUUCCGCCGCCUCACAAGUUUUGUUAAGAACCAGGUUGAUGAGGCCACCAAACACUCCAUACAAGUGCACUACCAGCAGCUCUCCUCUCAGGACCCUGAAAAUAGCCAGCCCGCUGGUGACCAUGGGUUCCAACCCCUAAGCUUUGUAGAAUUUGAACAGAUGGCUGAACGCCGUCGUUCGCUCUGCUCCAGGCUGUGGAGGUGUCUCCGACGGGAUUAGCUUGAUGCCGGUACCUGGGGGCAGCGUGACUCGCUGGAACACCUAUGCAUCACGUCCAGGUCCGGAGGCACAUCAAGUAGCCUAAGACAUGAGCCCUCCACCCUAAUCUUGCUUAAUUUUAUACAGAGAAGGGGGAACUGUGAGAGACUGCUUGGGCCUGCAUAAGAUGGCUG